AUGUCAUCACCGCAAGCCAUCCCGCCUGGAUCAUCCCAAGACCCCCGCGACGGCGGCUGCAGUGAAAAGUGGAUGCCAGAAUCCUUCGAGAGCGCAGCACAGCACACCAACAAUGAAAUGGAGAACCUGGCGAAUCUCCCCACUGUGGAGCCGGGUUCAGCUGAGCCAAAAGAACCCGAUGCAUUUCGUGGUUUCGCCAGAAUCGGGGCUGAGUCGCGAUCCACCCCGAUCGAGUCACCAUCGGGGAUCAACGAACACCGGCUCAACAGCUUUGCCGACAAGAACGCCGUAGUGUUCUACUGUACCACUACGGGGGGAAAGGGUUACCGCUAA